CUGAAGAUAUCAGUAAAUGCUUAUAUAAAAUUCGUGAUGAUAGUGUUAGAUCAAGACAUUUCCUUGGUGCAGACAAUGCAGAUGAAAUAGAAGCCAUACUCUCAGAUCGUGAGGGUUAUUCCUUACACGAAAUUAUUGAUGGGGAUGAGCUACUCUGGCCUAUUAUAGAUUUUAACUUGUCAAUACUUGUCUAG